ACUAUUCUUGCACACUUGGUAUUUAGGGUUCAAAAUAAGUAAGAAAUAUAGGGUUCAAAAUAAGUAAGAAAUACUGGUCCAAAAUAAGGAUAGUAUUUAGGGUUCAAAAUAAGUAAGAAAUACUGGGUCCAAAAUAAGGAUAGUAUUUAGGACAGAAGAGUAAAAAAACUAGGGUUUGCAAUAAGGAAAAAAUUAAGGCACAACAGUAAAAUGUUAGGGUCCAAAUCAAGGAAGAAAUUAUGGCAGAAGAGUAAAAAACUAGGGUCUGCAAUUAAGGCACAAUAAAAUGUUAGGGUCCGAAUCAAGGAAGAAAUUAUGGCUGAAGAGUAAAACUAGGGCAUAAGAGUAUUAACGAAUCAUGUAAUUCCAUCAUCUAUUCCUUUUAAUAUUUUCUCAAUUUAUAAAAUAUUUUUUUAGUAUAUCGAUAUUUUUACAUUAGGGGAAAUAGAAAUUCGUCAAAGCCACAUAAUGUAUAAGCUAAUUUGGUAUCAAAUUUGCCAUCUACAGUAUUCGAACUUAGGAUAUCUCACUUCUAAGUAAAAAGGAAUACCACAAAACCGUGCUACUUAGUGACAAUCAACUAAUGAAAUUACUUAAAUUUUAGGUAAUGUUACAAAAUUUAAAUGCAUGUGAAAUAAAAAGAGUUGUGUACCUAAUUUUAUAUUUCUUACACCUCUCGCACCUCGCACCUGCAAAAUAACCCGUCCUCCCCUCGUACCGUAGUGGUUUUCUUUCUGAAGGGAAAAAAAUAAAAUAAAAAGCAGCAAAUUAACCCGGCUUCCUCGGUCCUCUGCUUCUUCACCCUCCAUCUCCGAUACGAAUCCCAAUCCGCACAGAAGCCGUUUUGCCGCGCAAAUGCGCGACAUGGAUUCUUCUCUUCAUUCUGAUCUCUCUCAUCCUCAUCAACUUAUCGACCUCCGCAUCGCCAUCCGAUCCUCGUCGGGCAGCUAAGAAGCGACGCCUCAGAGAUAAAGUCCGUAAGCCUUGUCAUUAUGGGUAACAACACUGACUUUGAAAGUGCAAUUCUUUGGCUUUCCUCAAGAAUCUGAAAUUCAAUGUCAAUGCGAGGGUACAUCUCUUUGAGUGCAACAUAAGGUACUUGGAGGGUUUGUUUCCGCUCAUUUACUUGCGACUGAUUCUACAAACAGGCUGGGUCAAGGAGUUUACAAGAAUCAGCUGCUUACCUUGGCUGAGGACUUAGGGAAACGCUUCCUACCUGCAUUUAACACACCCACUGGAUUGCCAUAUGUAUGGAUUUACUUAAAGAAGGAUAUAUGACUCCGCAUCAAUGCUAAAUUCUGUGGACCGUGUGGAUGGAGUGAUGGAGAAAGAGACUACUGAAACGAGCACUUCAGCGUGCGGUUCUCUAAUUCUGGGAAUGGGAGCACUGUCCCGAUUGACUGGAGACCCGAAAUAUGAAUCGGCAGCUUUAUGUGCUCUUUGUGAAUUAUGGGGCAUGUGGAGUUCGUUGAAUUUACUCGGUACAAUGCUGGAUGUAUCAACUGGUGAAUGGAUUGUGUAUUCAUCUGGAAUUGGAGCUGGUAGGUUUCGUCGGGGCUUUGAGGUCUUUAAUGCACUGCAUUACAAGUAUAUUUAGUAGUUUACUGGGUUUCCCAAAUAGUACAAGGGCCAAUAUUUCCUUGUGCAGUCUGUUGCCGCGCCCAUUCCUUAAAUGUAUUUUAAAUUAGCUGUUGUGCGAGCAUUCUGGCCCGUCCCGUUUCUUAAACUUGGAGCAAUUGGCUCCAAUUGGAAUCGCUCUACCGUUUGCAUACUUUUCCACUAAACUCAAUUUCAAUUAAACUAGAUAAAAAGCGAAAUAUAUAGCAUCCAUAUUGGUUCAUUCUCUGUCAUUUUGAAUUUCUGAGACUCCGCCUCCUACCCCUCCUCUGUCCUCUCGACUCGAACCCUCUCAUCUCUCUCGACUCUGUCUCUCUUCAGCCCACCUUCUUCGAGUCUCGACCCCGGCCAGCUACCGCACCAUACCCUCUCUGCCUCGACCACAUCACAGACAAACUACACACCUGCUGCUAUCUCUCUCUCAUUCUCUCGAUCGAGCGACUCUCGAGCCCAAAAUCGAGGGUUAAUAUUUCUGGUGGAUUAUCGUUAAAUCUGUAGUAUUGUUUUUCAGCACAUCCAUGGACAUGGAGGGGGAAUUAAACUCUGUAUAUGUGCUGGUGCGUUAUGUUUCUGGUCCAUAUAGAUGUGGAUUAUAUGAAAUAAAAAUCCAAAAGGGAGGACAAGUGAUGGGGCUAGGCAAUGUACUCGACCCUGUCGUCACAUUCUUUGAUAGGAGUACUUUUGUGGUCCCAAACGAAUAUUUUCGAGUAGAAGGUGCGAGUUUGGCUUUGGAUACUGCCACCGUGACAACCAAGUUGCCAGAAAGUUCUUCUAACACCAAAUUUUACCUAUUGCUGAAUGAAGGGCUCAACUGUUUCAAUCGCUUUGUCAACACCCGUUACAAGUACGACUCGUAUAGUGGUUAUACGUUUGACACAGGGACUAGGUCAUUAGAAACGUUAAAGCGUCCUCUAGCAUCUAAGCCAGUUUCAUUUUUUAUGUCUGCUUAUGGCAAGCUCUAUAACAUUGCAUCCCCAGUAUGCUUCAUAAAGAUGCCCGACACAUUGUUUGAGCGUUAUAAUCCUAAUUCUGAAUCUUGGGAAUCUCUCCCCCAUUUUGAAUAUUCUCGUGACAAGGCCCACAUGGACAUAACAGGUUACGCGGUUUGUUACGGCUGUAUUUUGGUUUCACUAGGUCGUAGUCGAGUUGAGCUAAUGGUUUAUAAUAUAGAUAGUAAUACUUGGCAUCAAGUCAAUAUUGCUAGAAGUGAUGCUUAUUAUUGUGGUUUUCGGGGCAGGGCCGUGGUUGUGGACAAUACUAUCUAUGCCUUAUCUAUACAGUGCGGGAAGGUUAUAGCUUUCUCUCUCAUGAUAGAUUCAGAGGAAGAUGGCCGUAUUAUCUAUUUUUUAGAGAAACCAGUCUUCUUUCCAGGAUUGAAGAGUAGGGUUAAGGAGGAUAUUAAAUAUGGUCACGGUUUUAAUCCGACCGAGUAUUUGGUUCAUUUGGGGAAGUUGGAGUUUUGUCUUCUCCAAGCUGCUGCUACCUGCAUAGAAGACGAGUCUCAAGAGCUGUUUGUCACCACAUUCAAAAUUGUCCAUGAUGGAACCAUGAAUAUCAAGAAAUUAGAUUCUAGUGUUUGUGAUUUGCGCAUUAAGGGUUAUGGGCUAUUUGACAUUAAUUUCAGCUUCACACCAGGAUGCAGGGAUCUUGAACCCAGAAAAGAGGAGAUUCUUCAGAUGACUAGGAAAAAGGAGACUGCCAAGAACAACGCCGCCUCGGAUUCUAAAGUCCAUGAUGUGGGCAUUGAGGGUAGUGAUAGAUUCAUGCUUCUACCGAGAAAGUUGGUUCUAGGCAAGUGCCCUUUUAAAUUUGAUGUUUCGCGACUGGCCGUGAUUCCAUCGACUCUGCAUUUGAUGGUGGCAGUAUUUGGUUUAUGUCUUUUCUUCGUGCUAGGCCAACAAAUAAUCAGUUAAUUGGGUUGUGUAACCAGAAAAGCGUCAGAUUGUGAAUUAAUUGCCUUGAGUUAAUUACUUGGCUCGCUUUCCAAAUAUUUUGGAGAGAGCUGUUUGUGAUUUUGUACGUACAUUGUUGCGUUUACCUUGGUUAUUCAUCCUAAUUGUUUGUGUUAUUCAAUGUUGGAAUUCUCAA